AUGAUCCCCGUCAUCAGUCUCCUCGGAGUGAUCCUCUACAUCCUCUUCCCCGCGACAAUCCUCUACUUCAUCAACAGCCUCUUCCUCAGCGCGCCCCUUCCCCAAGGCGUCCCCUUCAUCCGCGAAGCACCCGGAAAGAGGAGCUUCAGCCUCAAAACACGGCUUGCCUACCUUACCGACUGCGAGUCGCUCUUCAAGGAGGCAUACCACAAAUACCUCAAGCACGGCAACCCCGUCAUCCUCCCAGGCUUCGGCGUGCGCAAUGAAGUCCUCCUCCCGCCGUCUUCCCUGCGCUGGGCCUCGACGCAGCCAGACAAGGUCCUCAGUCCGGGCGAGGCAUUUGUGGAGAUCGACCAGGCGGAUUACAGUAUCGGAAAUUCGCGGUAUAUAAGCGAUGCGUGGCACGGUCUGCUCGUGAAGACCGAGAUGAACGCCAUGCUGGAGAAUAUCGUUGCCAGCCUGAACGAUGAGCUUGGAGUGGCAUUCGACAAGUAUUUUGGGACGGACACGGAGCAGUGGCAGAGCAUUGAUCUGUUUGAGGCCGUGCGGAUGAUUGUUGCGCAGGGUGCCAGUCGGUUUACAGUGGGCUUGCCUUUAUGCCGCAACGAGCAAUACCUCAAAGACAGCCUCGACGCCAUCGACGGGUGCGUCAUCAAUGCCGGAGUCACAGGCGGAUGUCCCCCCAUUCUCCGCCCCCUGGUCGGUCCCCUCGUCGGAUUGAAACCACGACUCGCCAACAGACGAGUCCGCAAACACGUCGAGCCGCUGUACCACGCACGCAUGAAGUCCCUUUCCAAACCUAUCGAAGAGCAACCAACAGACCACUUCCAAAUGAUGCUGCGGUUCGCCGCGCGCGAGCGACAGUUCGAACUGCACGAUCUCAACACCAUGGCCACCCGCGUCACAGCCGCAAACUUCGGCUCAAUGCACCAGACCAGCAUCGCAGUAACCAACAUGCUGCUGAACAUCCUGGCCUCAGACAGCGAGUACAACACAAUCGCCGUGCUCCGCGACGAGAUCGAGCAGACACUCGGCUCCGAUCCGGCCUGGACAAAGUCCAGUAUCUCGAAAAUGCUCAAAGCCGACAGCGUCGCGCGCGAGACCCUCCGCUGCCACUCGUUCGGCGGGCGCUCCUUCUUCCGCAAGGUCCUGGUCGUUGGGGUCGUCACCGACACCGGCCUUUCCCUGCCAAAGGGGACGCUCUUCUGCUUCCUGAGCCAGCAGCCGCACAUGGACGAGCAGGUCUACCCCGAUGCAAGGAAAUACGAUCCCUUCCGCUUCUCGAGGGCUCGCGAGGCAGCAUCCGAUCCCAACUCUAGCAAGACCAGCUCACCGAGCCUGAGCUUUGUCUCGACGGGGCCGAACUACCUCGGCUUCGGCCAUGGGAAGCAUGCGUGCCCGGGCCGGUUCCUGGUUGACUUUGAGCUGAAGAUGGUUAUGGCGUAUGUGCUGACGCACUAUGAGAUAAGGUUUCCGGAGGAGUAUAAAGGGGAAAGACCGAGGAAUCGCUGGAUGGCGGAGGCUGUUGUGCCGCCGGAGGGGGUGAGGGUUUUGGUGAAGAGGAGGAAGCUCUAG